GUAUUGGCAACACUGCUCACAGCUGCAGUGAUUGCACCAAUGACGAGAUCGUCUGCUGGGGUCCCUAAGGAUUUCCGCAUUUCGUUGUGUUGAUCUUGUUAUUGCAAAUUAGAGUAUUAUUUUUCUUUAUGUAAUUAAGAAGUCGAGUGUUUGAGACUGAACACAUCUUUGUCACUCGUUUUUCAAGAUGGGGGCUGUUUUAGCACUGUUUUCAGCUGCCCAGAUAGCGUGUUGCUGUGGUAGUGCAGCAAUGGGCUUGUGCUGUUCAGCAUGCCCAAGUUGUCGUAACUCUACAUCCACUCGCAUUAUGUAUGCAAUCAUGUUACUUCUGGCAACUGUGGCAGGGUGUGUGAUGUUAGCUCCAGGUCUGCAAGAAUCUCUUAAAAAGGUCCCAUUUUGCAAAAGCAGUAUGAAUAUGGAAUGGCAAGCAGAUUGUGAAUCAGAAGUUGGCUACUUGGCUGUGUACAGGAUUUGUUUCGCCUUAUGCUGUUUCUUUGUGCUUUUUGCUAUUAUGAUGAUAAAUGUGAAGUCUUCGAAAGAUCCUCGGGCAGGAAUUCAGAAUGGAUUUUGGGGAAUCAAGUAUCUCCUACUUAUCGGUGGAGUUGUGGGUGCGUUCUUUAUUCCUGAAGGGAGCUUUGGUACCACCUGGAUGUGGUUUGGAAUGAUUGGUGGUCUGGCUUUCAUUCUUAUUCAAAUGAUUCUCAUAGUUGAUUUUGCUCACUCAUGGGCUGAGAAUUGGGUGGGGAAGUAUGAAGAAACAGAAUCUAAAGGAUGGUACUGUGCAUUACUAUUUUGUACUUUAUUAAACUACUGUUUAACCAUUACUGGUGUGGUACUUCUUUACAUUUAUUUCACACAGCCUGGAGAUUGUACUGCGAGCAAGACCUUCAUUUCUGUGAAUCUCAUUCUGUGUGUGGUUGUAAGCAUUAUGUCCAUUCUGCCAAGUGUCCAGGAGGUGCAACCUAAAUCUGGACUGCUGCAGUCCUCCAUUGUAUCAUUGUACAUGAUAUAUUUGACAUGGUCAGCAGUGGCAAAUAACCCAGAUAAAGAAUGCAAUCCUGGCUUCUUUGCUUUCGUCCCUUCAGAGAAAGAUAAAAACAGAGUUACAUUUGAUGCCCAAAGUAUUGUGGGGCUUGUGAUUUGGAUGUUGUGUGUACUGUACUCAUCUAUUCGUACAGCAUCUAGCUCUAAUAAAAUGAGCUUGUCUGAGAAGGUUUUGGUAAAGGAUACUGGUGCAGUGCGGUCAUCAGCAGAAUCAGGAUUGGUUGCACAUGAAGUCAAAAAAAAGCUUACUACUAUUGAAUACUUGCACCCCUUUGCCUUUCAGGUGAAUCUAUCAAAAUGGGCUUGGGGUGCAUGGUGCUGUGGUUGGGUGCGAAUUAUUCCUUAUUUUGCCUUUUCCUUAGGGAGGUUUGCAUUCAACCCCAGCACUGCUGAGCGUUUGCAGGAAGCAGAUUCCAUUUCCCUGUUCUAAACUGCUAGUCACAGUGCUGAUGCCGAAGCUGGGCACGGAGAGAGUAAAGUUUGGGACAAUGAAGAAGAUCAAGUUGCUUAUUCAUGGUCUUUCUUUCACAUUAUGUUUGCAUUGGCUACCCUGUACAUAAUGAUGACACUUACUAAUUGGUUCCACCCCAACUCAUCAUUGGAGACACUCAAUUCUAAUACAGCCUCUAUGUGGGUGAAGAUGAUAUCUAGUUGGAUCUGUAUGUUUUUGUAUGGAUGGACCCUUGUCGCACCGUUGGUUUUACCCAACCGAGACUUCAGCUAAAUAUUUUUGUUGCUAUAUAUUGCACUGGAUGGAAUUACUAUCUGUAAUCAAAUCAACAACCAAAAUAAUAUUUAUGAAACCCAAGCUUUUUCUGUAUUGAAAGUUAACAUUGUAUUAUAUUUAGUUUUCACUUAUUGUGUGAAAAAUACAAGUCAAGCAUUGUAGAGUUAUAUGGUGUGUAGAUUAUUGGUCUUGUUAACAAACGUGUACUUAUCACCAUAGCAUUGCCGUUACUAGUUAUUACAUUAUACUGGCGAACAUUUUCUUAAAAUGUAAUGAAACUGAGGGAAAUGGUGUAAAAGUAUAUUGUUUAAGUUAAGCGUUUUCUCGAUACUAAUAGUUCUGUUCGUUAGCUUGUUUGGGGUUAGAUCACACAUCUUGGUUUUAUGGUUAGAACACACAACUUGCUUUUCCAUCAUUAAGGAACUUGAGGUUUCCUCUUGAUAAUUAUUUUAUUAUUGAAGAGUGGUUAGUCUUUCAUUGAAUUAGUAAGAGAAUUUAAUUGCAUUUUUGUUAUAAUAUUGUAAAUAUAUCCUAAAAGAAUGGACUACGUAAUGUGUUAAUUUUUUUCAGUUGCCUUUAUAUGAUACUGAAGCUAUUUAAUCAUAGAUAAAUUUAUAUUUUUUAUAGUAAUAAUAUUGAGGAGUGUGUGUGUGUAUAAAAACUUGCAGAAACCUUUUUCUCUUCCUUUUCUGAAUAUCCAUUUUCACAGGUAUUGAAGAUAAGAGUUGUCAGAGAAAGAGAUUUAUUCAUGUGAUUUAAAUCUUUAUCAUAUUAUAUCUAGAAAGAUUUCUCAGAAUUUAUUUAUUAAUAGAAGGAAGAACACAUCACAAACUGCUGUUUUAUGAAUAUUUAUGCUAUUCAAGUCCUAAAUUCACAAAAUAAAAAAAAAAUCAUACUCAGCUCUGUUUUGCCUGAUUUAUACCUAAUCACUGUAAUUAAUUUCAUGAGGCAUUUAAUAUCGUUCUCUUUUGGAAUAAUUCAGAAAAAUACAUUAAUUUUUCAAAUUAUUAAAUUGUAUACUCUAUAUUAUCUAUGUUACCUUUAUGGAUAAUAUGACCAACUUUGAAACCUAGAACUUCUAAUGUAGAAUUGCUAAAAAUACUUUUUUAAUUUAAUGAUUGCUGUUUUAUAAGGAUGAGGUGGCAAAUUUGAGUUGUGAAAUACAUGUAGUCAUUGCCCUUGUUAAUGGACUGGCAAAGAUGAGGACAUACAACAUUGUGAUCCACAAAUUUGUUCACUAGAAUAUUUCCACAGCAAAUGCUCUCAAAGUAAAUGUGUUUCAAUUCUCAAAAAGGAAUCUUGGUUGUCUUGAAAUUUUAAACUUGAUCACUCUAAUGUUGUAGAUUUUUGCUACAAGUAAGUGUGUCAGCCUUCUAGACUGUAGUGAACCUCAAAUUAAUUUUCAGCCUCAACAAAAAUAGGCUUUUGAGACUAUAUACAACCACAACAUAAUUUUAUUCUCAAAAUAAUAAGUUUCUGAAAGAUUGAGGAGAUAGUCUCCAUUUAAAAAUGGAAUUAACAUAACUGCACUCAACAUUGUUGGAAGAAAGGAUUAUGAUAUUGUAGGUAGCAUUUGCUGAUAAUUAUUCAAUUUGCAAAAGACUCCUAGAAAAUUGGGAAGUGGCUGACUUCACUAAUAUAGUCUAGAGGAAAGUGCAAUAGAUCAAUUUGGUAUUGUAUUUGCUGAUUAUUUAUGUUUCAUAGAGUAAUAUUUGUAUGAAGUUCAUAAUUUUUUGUUGUGCAAAAUUUAACUGCUCCUAUUACAAUGUAUAUUGAAAAUAUAUUGGAAUAAAUAUAAUAAACAUUUUAA